UUGUUCAAUGAAAGUUUUUCAGCUUUCAUUCGAUCAAUUCUUGGGUUCAUCCUGUUCAGUACAUCUUAUUGUAUCGUGAACACGGGAAUAUAUUAUAAGUUUGUAAGGCCGCUUCGUCAAGAAGAACGUGAACUAUUAGAACGAGAACUGAUUGAGGCAGAUCGCGCUGGUUUCAAAAUGAGCUUCUCCCACAUUAUGUCUUCUUUGGUCUCACGCUGGGAGGGGCUGUUUUUCUUAGGGUUCACAUCUGGCGCCGGAUUCGAACUGUUCAAAAUCUAUUUCUCAUUCAGAGCUUUCAUUCGAUCAAUUCUUGGGUUCAUCCUGUUCAGUACAUCUUAUUGUAUCGUGAACACGGGAAUAUAUUAUAAGUUUGUAAGGCCGCUUCGUCAAGAAGAACGUGAACUAUUAGAACGAGAACUGAUUGAGGCAGAUCGCGCUGGCUUCAAAGUGAAUUUAAAGUAA